AUGGCCUCUAGGCAGAGAAAGGACCGCCUGGCCCAGUCGGGCUCCGAGGAGGUACAGCUGUGGCACGGAGUGCGCACCCACCUCCGCACAAUCGAACGCAUCCGACUCGCAGCCCAGGACCGCUCCGGCAUCGCAGAGACGCUCCGCAACGACCUCAUCGUCCUCCGCGAAAAGCGCGCCGCCGGCGACGAGUACAAGUCCAAACGCAGGAGGCUAGACGAUAUCUGCACAGAGCUCAGGCAAAAGACCAUCGAGGAGCAGACAGCUGUCGAUGCGGCGCUCGAAAAGCUCGGCAUAUUGACCGCGCUAAGGAGCUCGACCGAUCCUGGAGACCAUGCCAUGACGCGUGGCAGCUCGUCUUCGGGCAUAUCGACGCCUGUUUCGCGCUCCAAGCUCGCCGACGACCGCUACGGAAGCAGCGCCAGCAAGGCAAAGGGCACCCUUGGAACCACGCGUCGCUCCUACUCGACUAACACCGGCCUGGCCGGCUCCAGCCUCAGGGACUCUGCAGGCGCAGGGAGCACCAACGGCGCGCUAUCGCAGCCGUCCGGCAGCGGCGGUAGCGGCGGUGCGAGCAGCAGCGCUGGUGGCGUGGAUCCGGCACGAGCGAGGAGGGAAGCGCUUGCGCACCAGUUGCCGCUGCAGAAGGGUCGCAAGGUGGCCUUCAGGCAACCGGUCAAAAAGGCCGCACCAGGCGCAGCGGGUGCUGGGGCAGCAGGAGGGCCAAUCGCGGGCGCUGGCGAUGCCGCAGCUGCGGCGGGUCUGCUGCCGGGCGAGGAGGACGGCGAGACCUGGAUCAUGGCCACCGUCAUCGAAUGCAUCAACAACGAUCGCAACCGCUACGUCGUCCAGGAUGCGGAAGAAGAAGGACCGCUCGGACCGACCUGGAACACGACGCUCAAGGCCAUUGUACCGCUGCCAGAGAGCGUCUCGACGCUGCCUCCCAUCGACUACCCGGUCGGGGCGCAGGUGAUGGGACUGUACCCGGACACGUCUUGCUUCUACCGCGCCACCGUGCAAGGAGGAGGACCAGGCAUCCUUCGUCCGACGCCAGUCAGCAAGCUCAUCAAGAGAGAGCAGGAACUGUUGAACGCCAACUACCAACUCAUCUUUGAAGACGACGGCGACGUCGUGCGGCUCGUGCCCGCCUUUCUCGUCGUAGAGCGGCCGAGGACUUGA